AAAACGUCUCCAACCAUUAUUGUUCGAAUCUUCUUCGCGUCUCUUCGACAACACCACUUGUUCUUCACCACCCCAACCCCAUAUGAUUCUACCUUGAAACCCAGAUCAUGUUUUCAUGAUCAGUCAUCUCUUAGAUCUCAUUCCCACCGCAUGACGAUCCGAACUUUGAUCCAGGACAUGCGGUCCAGGCCCCACCGUGUGGUCCACGACGCCGCUACUGCUUCUGACCCUUUCAGCUGGUCGGACCUCCCCGAGGAGCUUCUGAGAGAGAUUCUUAUUAGGGUUGAGUCGGCUGACGGCGGCGAUUGGCCUUCCCGGCGUAACGUGGUGGCUUGCGCCGGCGUUUGCCGCAGCUGGCGGAUUCUCACCAAGGAGAUUGUAACUGUUCCUCAAUUCUCCUCUAAAUUGACUUUCCCCACCUCCCUCAAGCAGCCUGGUCCAAGGGAUUCUCUGGUUCAGUGUUUCAUAAAACGUAAUCGAAAUACGCAAUCUUAUCAUCUCUAUCUUGGGUUAACCAACUCUUUGACUGAUGACGGGAAAUUUCUUCUUGCUGCUUCUAAGCUUAAGCGCGCAACUUGCACUGAUUACAUCAUCUCUUUGCGUUCAGAUGAUAUGUCAAAGAGAAGCAACGUGUAUCUAGGGAGAGUGAGAUCAAAUUUCCUUGGAACAAAAUUCACGGUCAUUGAUGGUAAUCUGACGCCACCGACUGGAGCAGCGAAGAUGCAGAAGAGCCGCUCGUCUAAUCUCAUCAAAGUUUCACCUAAAGUUCCUCAGGGAAGUUACCCCAUCGCUCACAUUUCAUACGAGUUCAACGUCUUAGGCUCUCGGGGACCAAGAAGAAUGCGUUGCAUUAUGGAUACAAUACCUAUGAGCAUGGUAGAGUCCAGGGGAGGAGUAGCUCCAACAUCCAUAAGCUCCUUUUCUCCUCGUCCAUCACCGUUGUUGAGGUAUCAUUCAAAACCGGUGCGCAGCAAUAGUGCAACUUGCAGUGACUCAGGCAACAACCUGAGGGAGAGGGAGCCACCAUUGGUGCUGAGUAACAAGACUCCACGAUGGCAUGAGCAGCUACGAUGUUGGUGCUUAAAUUUCCAUGGUCGAGUCACAGUGGCUUCGGUUAAGAACUUUCAGCUUGUGGCGGUUAGCGAUUGUGAAACACAACAGCCGUCUGAGAGGAUCAUACUCCAAUUUGGGAAAGUUGGGAAGGACAUGUUCACCAUGGAUUAUGGAUAUCCGAUUUCUGCGUUUCAAGCGUUUGCAAUUUGCCUGAGCAGUUUUGAAACCAGAAUCGCCUGUGAAUGAUGAAGAGACUAACUUUAAUUCACCUUCUUCAUGUACUCUGUUGUUGUUAAAUAUUUGUCAAAAAAAUCUCAGGAUCCUUAUUUGUUGAUAGCUUUCUCAUCACCUUUCGUUACAAUUAAAAUAUUUCUGUAGUA